AUUAAUUGUGUUAAAUGGUUCGAAAAGGGCCGGUUGGUUAGGUAAGCCGGCCGCAGGCCACGCAGCUAACGACUUCGCAAUAUUUACGAUCAAGUUUCGUAACAUUAGGUUAGAGUUAAUGUUGGUUAAAUUAGUUGUGUUAAAUGGUUCGAAAAGGGCCAGUUGGUUAG